GCAAAUCACUUCCUUGUUUGAAUUGUAUGCUCCAUGGCUAACUCACUGGGUUUCUUGUGUUGUUUCUUUUUCACUUUUCUAAUGUCCUUUCUUCUCCAAACUGUUGGAUUCUUCACUCCAAACUGGGUAACAUGGAAAGGAUGCGAGGAACAGGGACUUUUCGGCUAUUCCACUUCAAAUACAACUAGUGAAUGCAUCGGCGGUGGUGAUUACAUCAGCUCAGCAGCCCUUGGCCUACAAGCAACGUCAUUCGCCAUCCACCUGCUCGUUUGUUUGACCUCGAUAUGGCUAAUGUGCUGUAGCGGAGACGAUGACGAUGACGAUGACGAUGACGUUGGAUGCUGUUUAUGUUGUGCCGGAUGCUCCAUCAUGAUGUACCCAGCUGCAGGGUUAUUCAGUAUAAUCGGAUGUGGUGUGAUGUCUACCAUAGACGUGCCCGAAUUCUCGUACGGUUAUUCCUUCGGCCUGUGUCUCGCCAGUGGUGUCUACGUCAUGCUUCAAGCUAUCCUAGUAUGCUACUGCCUAUGCAAAGCCAGCGACGACGAUGACGACUUCUCGGCAUCCCGACAGACUCCAACCACUGUGGCGACCACUGGUGCCAGCGGUCAGCUUAAUCUCGCGUACAACCACCAAGAACAACAUGUAGCUGUUGUUGUGACGGAGAGGGAGGAACAAGCAAUGUCUAAUGGAGUCAUGAUAUUACGCAAGUUGAGGAUCAUGCAGAUCGUUAGACUUGGUCGCUGAACACAAAACUAGCAACUCGCUUCAAUGUUUGUCAAGGUGUGUUACGCGCCAAUCAAAGGCUUCAAAAGGGCUCAGAUAAUUUUCUUAUCAUUUUUGUUUGGUGUUGUUUUAACUAGAUACCGUUCUGCUAUUUUGUAUAUUUAUUUCGGAACACUUUUAAUCUUUUAAUCCAAUCUUUUGACAUUUAGUACCACUGAUAUGCCUUGAAUGAACGAAAUGGCAAAAUGGUGCAGCGUAAAUAUUUACUUCGCUUAGCUUUCUUCAUCUACAUUCUAUUUAAAUAAUAAUAACGCCGUCUCUGGACAUGGUUUUGGACUUCCGUUCUUGCGGUCUUCGUGUAUGUUUGAAAAUAACUGUUUUGAUAUCUCUAUAUCUGUAUGGCCACUGAUCAGAUUUAUUUACACUCUGUGUAUCUGUGUAUUUAACUUUUAACAUUUUGAUUUUGAAUUAAAUAUGACUUUAUUCAA